AGUAAUGACCGGGAGAUCCCGGCAAGUAACAUGACGAAAAAGAAGCGGGAGAAUCUGGGCGUCGCACUGGAGAUCGACGGGCUGGAGGAAAAGCUCUCCCAGUGUCGGCGAGACCUGGAGGCCGUGAACGCCAGGCUCCACAGGGCGGAGCUGAGCCCGGAGGCCAGAAGAUCUCUGGAGAAGGAGAAGAACAGCCUGAUGAGCAAAGCCUCCAGCUACGAGAAGGAGCUGAAGCUGCUGCGGCAGGAAAACCGAAAGAACACGCUGCUCUCGGUGGCCAUCUUCGUCCUCCUGGCCCUCAUCUACACCUGCUGGGCCAUUCACACAGGCUGAUCCUGGAUUGUCACAGUGCCACUGCCGAGUGAGCUGUGUGAUUUAUGUAAAGGGGAACGGUGCCUCCUGCCCUCCUGGGGCUGUCAGUUCAUCUCCGCUCCUGUUCGUGUUUCUGCUGGGAGCUGCAGACUUUCUCCCACUGUUCUGGGCCUCUUCUCUGGCAUCAAGCAGAGGCCUUGGGAGCCCUGCGGGGGCCCAGGAGCUUGGACUGGCUCCCAUUAAACAAGUGCUGUUUUCUCUGAGUACAGCUUCCUCCCCCUUCACCUCCAGCCGUUUCAUCCAAGCCAGUCCUAGACCACAAAGCACAGAGGACUAAGCACAGCCCCAGCACAGAGCCACACAGCCAUUAAAAAUAUGUUUAUCUUUAAUGAUCCGAGAUUCUGUGGGAUUCACUGGAAGACCCAGAACUGGGUGGAACACAGCAUCUCAGCAGUGCCGCCUCAGCCUCGGGGCUGGAUGCAGGACCCCAUGCUGGAGUCUCAGUGCCCCAUCUCCAUGGAAACCAGUCUGCCACUGGGAUGGGGCUCCAGGGAGCCCACUUGAACAUGAGAGGUAUUUCCCAUUAACAACCACCACAGGUGCCCUCCCCCACCCAAAGCUACUGCCCAGCUUCCCCUUCUGCCUCUGCCAAGAUACAGGAAAUGGAGUGACCACAUGUUUGAACGAAAGCAGCCCAUGCCUCCUUGGGGGAAAACACGAGGAAGGGUAGCAAGGAGCUACGCUCCCCCACCCCCCGGAAAGUGCCAAGACAGCUGUGUGACAGCCAGAGGGCAACAGCUGCUGCUGGCAGGGAGAGAGAGGCUGAUGCCUGCCCUUUUAGAGUUGCCCAAGGCUUGAGUCGAGGGUGUGGGCCCAGGGAGGCGCCACGAUGCUGGGAGGCAGUCACACCCAGUACCAAGGGGGAAGACCUACACUCUUCCUUCCCGGCCUGCCGGGACUGUCAGAGGUUCAGGCUGGGAAGGCCGGGACGGGCUAGGGGAGGAGACAAAAAGUCUCCCACUUGGCAUCAAAACUGCAAGUUUAAAAAACAAAACCUUGAUUUGUAGAGCAGCUGCUCCUGGCCUCUACCCACUCACGUGGGCAAAGCGGGGACACGGCCACCCUCGUGCAUGGGACUCAGAAAAGUGAGUCCACAGGAUCUGGCAGAGCGCGGCCGCGCCCUCUGCCAUGGCCCCGCCUGCCCCGCACACCUUGGGCAGUGACCUCACACCUGCCUCAGCAGGAGAGGGCUCCGCGAGGAACGUGUGCAGUCUUCUGGAGGCCCUGACGGACCCUCGGGGCCAGGCUGAGGUGCUCCAGUCUCUUUCCAAGAGGGGGAAGAAACAGUGCUGUGGGCCCCAGGUCCUGAGCACCCUGCCCUGCUCUGUCUUGGGAAGCGAUAGGGCACUAGGCUGCGGCAGGGUGGGGCGGCCCACGGCCCUCAGGCGCUGUGCAUCUGGAUGAAGGAGAGGACGUCCUCCUUAGACAACUUGUCCGGGUCCUGGGGCUUCUGGGAGUCGUGCACACGGAUGCCAUCCCCCCACUCCCAGAAGAGCCGGCCGUAGUGGCAGAUGCUGGGAAGGGCAAGGGGAAAAAGGUCAGAGGGCUGCAGCCAGGCGGCACAGGCCGAAGACCACCACACCCGUAAGAGUGACGCUGGGGAAGGGAGGGGAGACCUUUCAGUGUCCCCUGUAGGCCCCAGCUUUCCCCAACAAGCAGCUGUGGCUGCUAAGAUGACCCAACUGGAUUCCUAUCGCUGACAGUCCUGGGCUCGCCCACCACUAUUACUGUGGUGCCAGGGGCAAGUGUCGGACUGAUUACAGGCACAGGAGGGACCUGGCCAGUGGACGCUGGGCUCCCGGGGGACCUGGGACCUCAAGUCCCAAAGGGCCAGGCUGCAGACCUUAGCACACUGCCACUGCCAGGCCAGUGUCAGGUCACACAAGCAGCCCCUCAGACUCGGGACCCCCAGCCAUCACAGCAGGCUGGCAUCACUCUGCUCCCAGCUUUUAGGGGGCCCUGCUGUGCCACUGGAUGCCAGGCUGUCAUCCUGGCAACAGUACUGGGGCUGUCGAGCACAGGCUUCGAGAGGGGCUACUCACUGAAAUGGGGCAAUGGAGUCUGCGGGGAGGUCAAAGGUCGACUUCUUGGUUUUCUUGUUGUAGAAGAACUUCCUCUUAAAGCUUUUGCUGAAUCCCAUGGUCCACGGCUCUGCCGAGAACAAAGGACACUUAGCAAGGACACAGGACCUGUAGGGGCGGGUCCAGCUGGCAGGGGCACUCCUGCCUCUCUCCAGGAGCAGGGAGGGCCACCCAUGAGGAUACAGCCUCCCUCCCCAAGCCACCAGGCUUGCCAUUCUGGGUCCACUAUUGGCCAUCACAAAGGCCCUUCUGCCACGGAGCCACCUUGUUCUACCUGCAGUCCUGGCUCCCAGGACCUAGAACAGCAGGAGAGGCUCGAGAUGCCAUCCCCCUAAGGGACCAGUGGAGCUCAGCAGGGCAGCCUGUCUGUCCCCCACUCUGGCUUGCAGUGGGAGAAGGGGGCACCCACCAUUCACCGUCCUGACGAUGUAGAGGCCCGUGGGUACAAAGUGCCGGUCAUCCCGCCCUGUGUAGCUGAGCCUGGGGGUGCCACUGGAACCCUUGAUGAUCUUCAUUUCCAACCUG